AUUCGGCCUUAUCGGCAAUAUUCCUGACUCUGACAGACACCAAUUUCCGGAAAAUAAAUCGGAUUUGACAGCGAGUAAAGUUUACGAGAGGACGUUUUAUCUUGGAAUUUAUAUACCUAGUUUAUGUGGAAUAUACAAGAUGCCGUUUUUCAGUAAGAAGAAGGGGGACAAGAAAAAGAACGGUGGUUUUGCGGACCCUGUUUCAAACCCACAAAAUUAUAAUGGAGCCGGUGAUGAUACACCGACGUAUUCACCGUACGCUGACGACCCAUCGUCCAGAGCUCUCCCGACGCUACCCGCCGAUGCUGCUGCUGGUCAGCAGUCAUCACCUUCGAGACAGCCAACCACGAAUCCGGCUCCUCAUGCCCCUCCUCCUAAACCUCAACGACUUGUUUUCAGUGCAUUUCUAGCUCACGGGAGCCCACCUGCCAAAGUAGAAGGAUUCACUAAUGUAAAAGAACUCUAUGAAAAAAUAGGAGAGGGAUUUUCCAUGCCAGCAUCAGAGAUCCUCUUUUGUACACUCAACACAUUCAAGAUUGACAUGGAAAAAUUGUUAGGUGGACAGAUUGGUCUCUCCGAUUCAAUAUACGCACACAUCAAAGGGCAGAAGUUUGAAAUCGCGGUCAAUAAAAUAGAAGCGGCUCUUGGCCUGACAAUCACAGAUAACGGUGCUGGAUAUGCCUUUGUAAAGAGAAUCAAAGAGGGGUCCACGAUGGAGAAGAACGGUUACGUCGAGGUUGGGGAUCACAUAGUGAAAAUAAACUCUACUGAAAUGAUUGGUUGCCGGCAUUACGAAGUUGCAAGGGCGCUAAAGGACUUGCCAAUAGGAGAGGAAUUCACAAUGAAACUUAUCAGACCACAUAAAGCAUUUAAUGAAAUUGGACCACGUGGUAGUAAAGUGUCGUCAAUGGCAACCAACAACAACAUAGGUACAGGAAAAGCCACAUUGAGAUUACAUAGCAAAGGACCCGCUACUGUUGAAAAAUUGCCUGGUGAAUAUGAGCAGCUGGCAGUGGGGAAAGUAGAUGACUGUCUUGAGAGUUACAUGGGAAUCAGAGAUCUGGACCUAGCUGCAUCGAUAGUGGACAUGUUCAAGGGGAAGACUGACUUUGUAGAGUUCAUGACGGCCUUCAACGAGAACUUUGAUCUGUUUGGAUUCCCGGAAGCAUUUGUCUUCGAGGUCUGGGGAUUCAUCAAAGAUGCAAAGGACAAAAGGCUCAAAGAUCCUGCCAGCAACUUAGUAGAAUUUGACGAAGCUUUCUAAGGAAGGUAAUAUUUCCACCAUCUCCCAUGCUUUGUAGUGAAGUAGGUGUAUAUUUAAAAUGGCGCCCAACUUGUCAACGUGCAGGCCUGUGCAUUUUUCAAUUUGGUAUAUGAAGGCAGUGCAGCCAAAUUACCGUAAUCUAAUGUAUUUCCUGACAGAUAUUCAAAGUUAUUGCAAAAGAAAUUGAUUGGAUGAUAAUGCAGUGAUGUUGACUUGUGGGUUGAUCUAUCCAUUGCCAUACAUAUUUUAAUCUGCAAUUAAAAUUUGAAUGCUUUUAUCAUGGAUGAAUAAAAAGAUGAGAUUUGAACAAGAUUUUAAAAUGUGCACAUCUCCCAUGUUGUCAGUAUGUUGUAUCAUAGUACUCCUAUAUGUAUCACAUUAAAAUAAAUAAUAUUAAAUGUAGAUCUGCCAAACUCUGAAUAUUCUAGGUUAUGUUCAAGAAAAUAUAUCAUUUAUUUUGGUCCCUAUGACCAAUGCUUUUAAUACAUGUAUGUGCACUGGUCAGCAGUUGUCUUCGAUCUCAAAUCAUAUUUGCACUUUACAGCUACUGUAGUGCCUCUGUACACUUGUGCCUAGAAUCUGUUAUGUAAAAUGCCUAUGAUGCAUUAUUGUGCAUAUCAAGUGUCUUGUAUAGUAAUGUUGCCAUUUGUUAGUUAUUAAGCCUUGACAUUUUUAAACCUCAUUUUUUAUUAUAGUAUGUAUUCAGAAGCUUUUAAUAUUGAAAUUUAUGGAUAAAUAUGCGUUCCAUGCCACCAAUCAUAUAUAUAUUUUUUUCAAAUUUACUCAUCAUGUGCGCAGAUAUGGGGUGCAUUUCAUAAAAAAAAACCAAGUAGUCAGUGAUUAUCUACAUAAAAGCUGAAAUUCUUGCAUCUGAUUGGCCCAGAGUAAAUUUGUCAGUGAACAUAAUUCACUGGCAAGAUGGUUUGUGAAACACUCCCACGAUUUCUUGUCUUUCCUCAACUUUUGAUGGCGUCAAUCUAAACAUGGGAUUCUGAUCUGCUCAAUUUUCUGCACAAAUGAGAUGAAAACUAGCUUAAACUGAUUAAUAUUUUCGCAAAAUUAAGUGGUCGAUAUUAAAGGGGUAGGUCCAACCAUACAUGUACAUGACAGAGUGUGCUCUAGCGUGACAUUCGAGUGUCAAUACGCUGCGACGGCCGGAAAUGGCUCGCCGCGUGACCGCGUGUACUCAAAGAUUGCUGACUGGUACUGUACAUUUGUAAAUUCACUUAUUUUUUUAAUACAUGGCCAUGAGGAGUAUCUCCAUGCAGCAUUUAUAUUGAUCUUAACAGUCAAGUGUUCAUAACUUUUGACUGUUAAAUUUUCAUUGAUCUUUAUAUUAUUCCUUGAUUUUUCUGCUUCCACACUUGUAAGCUAAAAACUUGCUCUGACAAGGGUUUCAUUCUCCUUUAAUCUGGAUAUUCAUUGUAGAGGCAAGUCCUUUCAUUCACAUGUACAUGGAUCAUGCUUAUUGAUGUAAAGGGACUAGAGUGGGGCUGAAAUGAUAUUAACCUACCCAAUUAUCACCAAAAAAAUCACAAUUCAUUUUAUGUUGUCUCUUUUUUAUCAAGAGAUAAAAAUCUAUACAUGUAUAAAUAACACACACACCCAAACUACAUGAACAGUGAAAUGUUUACAGAUUUCUUUGAUGAGGCAAUCGGCGUAUGAAGAACAAAUAUUCAGACUUUGUCAUUAAAACACUGUACAUUUCCAUUAAAGAGUUUCAAGAAAAUCAGUAUGUUUUGAGCAAAGUACUGUCGACCCUUAAUACUUGUUACCUCCUUUUUACCUGAAUCAUGGUCAUACUCAUAUUACUUAAAA